AGCAGUUUAAUGGAAGAAGGUAUCUAUAGCUGAAUGUAACUAGGUUCUAUAGCAGUCUUUUCUAGCUUAUUCAGUCAUUAAUUUAGCAGUGGCAGAAGGGUCCGUACCUUCUCUAGCAGUCAGGUUUCCAUUAAUGGAAGAAUGUUUUACCUAUGGCAUCCUCACCCCACAGGUGUCAGGACUACAUCCUAAUUGAUCAUGGCAUGUCCAGAACUACCGAGUUAUGUGGCAACUCUACUUCCAAUGACUCCAUGUCAGAGCUAGAGACAGGGAAUUUCACUGUUUACUUCCGCACAAGUGAAGAAAAGAAAUUUGGUGGCUUUGAGAUGUACGUCAUCUGCUUUAGAGAGGCUGACAGGGAUCGAAGAGGUGACUAGAUGCUAUACACUGUCUACAUUAUAGUGUAUAGUAAGUAUCUUUGAUACUGUUGUAACUUUUCCGAUGACUAAGUAUCUCCACAGGUUGUUUAACACCAAUGGAUUUUAACUCUUCUGUGUGUCUGGCUGGAAGUGAUGCUGGGGAACUGCAGCCACACGAUAACAGUAAUGCAACAUGUUGUACUAGACCAAUACAAUGUAUAAAUGGGCAUCUGUGAAAUUUUGAGUAUUUGAUAGGUAUAAUAUACAUUUUUCUGUGCAGUGUCACCAAAGGAGCAAGCAGUUGAAUGUAGUUUUAUGGUUAUUGCCAGUCACAAGCAAAUCCCACUGCAGUUCAUGAGACUUUCAUGGCAUAAGCUUGCUUCACGUGGAAAUAUUUUUAACAUGAAAUGUAGCUGUCGUGCAGUUAACACCACAGUAGCUACAUGUCGGCAGCAUCCAGUGUUCCAGGAUACCGCCCAUACAAAACUCCAUAGUUCACACACACAGAUGGCCCUCUAAAUUAAUGUUUAAAGCUUGUGGGGAAAGGAGUGUUUAGUCAAUAAUUCCGUGUGGGAGUAGAAAUGAUUUUGCUUUUUUAAAAUUUAGCUCAAGAUGAAGGUCGUGGAAGAAGGAGGCGGGACACUUACUCUGAUGUCACCUACAAGGAUAUUUUCCCUGAAUAUCCUUUAGGCCUGAGAAUGAGGGAAGAUGUUGCAAAUUUUCACAAUCUUUGGCGUCGUAAGAAGAGACAAGCAGGGGGAGACUUCCGCUUCAUUAGUAGAAUUGUACUCCUAAAUGAGUCGGUCAACUAUACUGAUAGUACCAUCCGGAUAGCUGACACUGAUGGCACUGAGACUGGACUAUAUGAAGGUGUUCGACUUCUGGAAACGUUCAAUGCACUGGGGGAAAUUGACACCUAUGUUACUCGUGUGACUGGUCUGAGAGAAGAGGUCUAUCCUCACUUCUUUGGACCAGGUUUGAAUAAUUAUAAUACUGAGUUUUACCUUAAUGUGAUCAGUACUUAAUUUUGCGGGUUUUGCUGACCUUCAGAUUCAGUUGGUUAAAAAUUUUUAUGGAAAAUGAGCAAGCGAAUGGGUUGCAGGUGUUGAGAAUCAAACUAGGGUCCUCAUUAGAGAGUCGGCAGACUCUCUAUAUAGGGAUGACGUGGGUGAAAUCUCACGUAAUCCGCGUACAAAACGACUAAAAACUCAGUGAGAAUCACUCCCUAGGCUUUCAAAACAUACUAGCAAUAGUCUACGGGCCCAUAUCUACCUAUACAUGUCCCC